CACCUCCAACCCGCGUUAGGCCUUGCAGCUGGUGGCAGCCCAGAGCUGACAAGCGCCCUCUCCGCAAUUUCCACAGCACAGCACCUCUCCUUUGCGCGGAACAACUUCACGAUUGCCCGCUGAUAUACCCUCUGUACCGUUCUCUCCCACUUUGUGAUGUUAUUAACGGUGUAAGCGACGUGUUUUUGGCCGACCCCCGAGCUGCGUGCCAUUUGAUUCUUUGUUGGAGAAGCCUCAACUGCGACUUGCCACCAGCUCUCUCCCACCUACCCACCACUACCUGCCCAAUUUUGAGCCCAGCAGAGAGGAGAGCAAGCCGCGCCGCGCCUGUGGACUCGCAACCUAACGUCAUUGCGUUGCUACUUCCAGUUCUCUCUCGCGAACCACACUGCCCCCAGCAUUCCCAGCACCCCUAACAUUCGCGCACUGCAAUUAGCAUCAUCACCAUUCUGUUGUCGAGCACACCCACCACCAUCGACACCGUCUUCUAGAGUUACAGAGCAAUCGUCAUAAUGGAUACGACCAUGGAGGAUGUCGGGCGCGCUCCCACCGACCUGCCACCCGUCCAGGUUCAGGAAACCACCAUCCCUACUCUGGAUGGUUGGAUCGAGAGCCUGAUGGCCUGCAAGCAGCUGACCGAGUCGGAUGUGCACAGAUUGUGCGAGAAGGCACGUGAGGUUCUCCAGGGAGAAUCCAACGUACAACCUGUCAAAUGCCCCGUCACGGUGUGCGGUGACAUCCACGGCCAGUUUCACGAUCUUAUGGAGUUGUUCAAGAUUGGCGGUCCCAACCCCGAUACCAAUUAUCUCUUCAUGGGAGACUAUGUCGACAGAGGUUACUACUCGGUCGAGACGGUCACCCUCCUCGUCGCGCUCAAGAUUAGAUACCCCAAACGAAUUACCAUCCUCCGAGGCAACCACGAGUCGCGCCAGAUCACCCAGGUCUACGGCUUCUACGACGAGUGCCUUCGCAAGUACGGUAAUGCUAAUGUCUGGAAGUACUUUACCGAUCUCUUCGAUUAUCUCCCCCUCACCGCUCUCAUCGACAACCAGAUCUUCUGUCUGCACGGCGGUCUUUCGCCUAGUAUCGAUACCCUCGAUAACAUCAAAGCUCUCGAUCGGAUUCAAGAAGUGCCUCAUGAGGGCCCCAUGUGCGAUCUCCUUUGGUCGGACCCUGAUGACCGCUGCGGCUGGGGUAUUUCCCCCCGUGGCGCCGGGUAUACGUUCGGCCAGGAUAUCUCGGAGGCUUUCAACCACAACAACGGCUUGACGCUGAUUGCCCGCGCGCAUCAGCUUGUGAUGGAAGGUUACAACUGGUCACAAGACCGAAAUGUUGUCACAAUCUUCUCUGCGCCCAAUUACUGCUACAGAUGCGGUAACCAAGCUGCGAUAAUGGAGAUUGACGAACACUUGAAAUACACAUUCUUGCAAUUUGAUCCCUGCCCUCGGGCCGGUGAGCCUAUGGUCUCUCGCCGUAAGGAACCCUUUUGA